GCCCCGCCCGCCCGGCCCCUCCGCUCCCCUCCCCCGGUCCCACGCCCGCGGCGGCGGCAGGAGCCCGGAUGCGGCGCCGGGAGACGGCGGGGGGAGCGGCGCGGAUGGAUCCAACAUGGCGGCGCCGAGCCUGAGUCCGGGUGUAGUGGGGAUUACAGCUGCCAAGCAGGGAUUCGGGGAAGCAUUGCGCACCUGAGCCCCCAGCAUGGCGGGCCUGAAGCGACGAGCGAGCCAGGUGUGGCCAGAAGAGCGUGGUGAGCAGGAGCACGGGCUGUACAGCCUGCACCGCAUGUUUGACAUCGUGGGCACCCACCUGACACACAGAGAUGUGCGCGUUCUUUCUUUCCUCUUUGUUGAUGUCAUUGAUGACCAUGAACGUGGCCUCAUCCGAAAUGGACGUGACUUCUUAUUGGCGCUUGAGCGCCAGGGCCGUUGUGAUGAGACUAACUUCCGCCAAGUGCUGCAGCUGUUGCGCAUCAUUACUCGCCAUGACCUCCUGCCCUACGUCACCCUCAAGAGGAGGCGGGCUGUGUGCCCUGACCUUGUAGACAAGUAUCUGGAGGAGACAUCAAUUCGCUAUGUGACCCCCAGAGCCCUCAGUGAUCCAGAACCAAGGCCUCCCCAAUCCCCUAAAACAGUGCCUCCUCACCAUCCUGUGGUGUGCUGCCCCACUUCAGGCCCUCAGAUGUGUAGCAAGAGGCCAGCUCGAGGGAGAGCCACACUUGGGAGCCAGCGAAAACGCCGAAAGCCAGUGACACCGGAUCCUAAGGAAAAGCAGACAUGUGACAUCAGACUGCGGGUUCGGGCUGAAUACUGCCAGCAUGAGACUGCUCUGCAGGGCAACGUUUUCUCCAACAAGCAGGACCCACUUGAGCGCCAGUUUGAGCGCUUUAACCAGGCCAACACCAUCCUCAAGUCCCGGGACCUGGGCUCCAUCAUCUGUGACAUCAAGUUCUCUGAGCUCACCUACCUCGAUGCAUUCUGGCGCGACUACAUCAAUGGCUCGCUCCUGGAGGCACUGAAAGGCGUCUUCAUCACAGACUCCCUCAAGCAGGCUGUGGGCCACGAAGCCAUCAAGCUGCUGGUGAACGUGGAUGAGGAGGACUACGAGCUGGGCCGGCAGAAACUCCUGAGGAACUUGAUGCUGCAGGCCUUGCCCUGACCUUCCCUCCUGGGACUGGUCCCAUCACUCACCUCUGGAGCGUACAUACUGUUCUGGGGUUUUUUCUCUCCCCUUCCAACCAAUCACACCCCUGCCUUUUUUUUUUUUUUUUUUAAGGAAAAGACAAAGGAAAAUGGAAGUGGUGUUUCCCACCCCUCCCUACACCCAUGUGCCUGGGCCUCCCUGUUUCCCUUUCCACUCACCCCCCGUGUGUCUGCAGCUGCCUUUACUACUGAGCGGCGAGGCGGAGGUGUAGGGAGAAGCGAAGUCUGUGGGACAGUCUGUAAGGGACGUCAGUGAACGCUGCGUGUGGGUGCGGUGAGGGCUGUCAGUGCUUCUGGCUUUAUGAGGCUCUUACAUUUUGUCUGAAAACCAAAGGGCUGUGAGUAAGGGAGCUGUGUUGUGUGGAAGGUGAGACUCUGAAGUGUAUUUUGGAAAUUAAUCACCACCCUCUCCCAAAUUAUAGACUUUUUAAAAAAGAAACUGUGGCCCUUUCAACUCUCUCCUGGCCUCUGGUGCUGCUCCUCUCUGCCUCGUUUCUUCCAUUUCAUUGCUGAAACCUCUGCGUGGUAUCCCCCCACCCCAAAUCUGUCCCUCUUCAAGGGAAAAUAGGAGAGAGGACUUAGGUCAGCCCCGCCAGCUGCGGUGUGUGCACAUGCACGGGAGAGUGCCGAGGUUCAAACACUCCCCCUGGAAAGGGGAGGGGAGUGUGACACUCCCUCCCAUGUGUGCUAGUGACUGAGAAGAUGCCCCGCAGCCCUUCCCCACCCUACCCCCGCCCCCCCAGGAGCAUGGGGCUGGGACAUGCCCUGAGGGUUGCACUUUUAUGUGGGUAGGAGGCUUGUUGAAUGAGCCAGGAGGCUUAGAACCAGAGCCAAGUCCAGCUGGACCAGGAAAAGGGAGGGGUACAUCUGCGGAGGGAAGCACCACAGGUGGAAUUCACUGCAGCCGGCCACCACCUCCCCUUUCAGCUCCCAAAGGAGAUGUCCAGACACUUUAUGAUUCUAUUUCUUUCAAUGCCAGUGUUGCUCAGCCCUCGGCGUUUUUAGUUUUCAUGAAAUAAACAGUAUAUGAAAUUCCACAUUUUUGAAACUGAAA